ACGUCACUUUCACACACACACACGAGUCGACGAAUGUCCGUCCCCAAAAAUCAAUUAAUUAAAGAAAGAAAUGCAAAUCCAACGCGUCCUACAAGUACUACUAAUAGUGAUAGCAACCACUCUGUUAAUAUCAAUUGCCACCAGAAAAGACGAAGACGAAGAAUUCGAUAUCAUGUCAUCUGUUUUAGGCGGUGUUCAGAACUCAUCAUCUGCUAACUCUCUCGAAAUCGAUGAUCUCGCUCGUUUUGCUGUUCAGGAACACAACAAAAAAGAGAAUGCAAUGUUGGAGUUCGCAAGGGUGAUAAAGGCGCAAGAGCAGGUAGUUGCUGGUACUAUGCAUCAUCUUACAUUGGAAGUUAUGGACGCUGGAAAGAAGAAAAUAUGUGAGGCGAAGAUCUGGGUUAAGCCGUGGUUGAACUUCAAGGAACUCUCAGAGUUCAAGCAUGUUGAUGAAAAAGAGGGCGAGGGCUCAGCAUAUCAGUCGGUGCCUGUCCAUGAUUCUGUGGUCCAGGAGGCUGCAAAUCAUGUUAUUAAGACUCUGCAGCAGAGGUCCAACUCAUUAUUUCCUUAUGUAUUGCAAGAAGUUGUUCAUGCUAAAGCAGAGACAGCGGAAGGGUCUGCAAAAUAUGAUAUUCUAUUGAAGGUAAAACGGAGUGACAAGGAAGAGAAAUUCAAGGCUAAGGUUCACAAAGAUAAUGAUGGAAAAUUUCAUGUGAACAUGAUGGAGCAAGACCACUCUUAAUCAAAUCUUGUGCCAUGACACUGAGAAAGAGGUAUCAAGGUAUGGAUGGAUAAUGUGUAAUAAUCCUUAAUGAUUGCAUCAUACUUGGAUGACAUAGGGAGUGAAUAAGUUUUGUUGCUUACUGAUACCUUAUGUGAAUAAUCAGCAUAUAUAACUAUUUAUCCUGACUAGAUAUCUGUGAACUCUAUAUAUCGGAUCAUAUGUUUUUGUCUCA